GUUCUUUGUUUGUUUUAAUUUGAACCUAUAUACAAGAACUUCAGUGAAGAGGUAUUUCCUUAAAGAGGCUUACCUCCUACAUAAAAAAGUUUAUCUUAUCGUGUUUACACUAUGUUGAGAAUUAGUAAUUUAACAUUUAUUAAGUAAAAUUCGAAAUAAUAAAGCAAAUAUGAAGUCAUAUUUUCUUGUGUUCACAACGUGCUUCCUCGCGAAAGUUGCCAUUUUGUGGUAUUUUUUUUUUAGAUUCAACUUAAGCCACUAACGCAAUCAAAUUUUAUAUGACAUAUAAUAUAAAAAUAUCAUUUAAAAUUGAUUGUGCAACAUAUCUUAUAUGAUGAAAAUUUCUUUGAUCAUAUGUAGCUAGCUAGCUAGCUAGCUAUAUGAUCAUUUUUUUAAGAUAUAACAUGUGCUGUUUUUUAUAUGAUAUAGCUAUAGCUAGCUAUGAUCAUAUAAACCUGUUGUCUUCUAAUUAAAUUGGGAUGUUGCCGAAGUUAUGUAAACAUAAAACAAUGUUAAAUUUUUGUCAACAAACCCAAGUAUGUCGUCAAAAGUUUCCGGAGUAAUUUUUAUAGUCACUCUCUUAUCGCAAUUCCAAUUUCAAUUCUUCUUGUUGACUUUUUUAUGAGAAAACUACAAUUACUACAGCAGUUACAGCAAAUUCCUCGUCACCCAUGUUUAUAAAAAAAGAAGUAAAAGUAAAAUUUAACACACAAUGUAUAUGAUUGUGUAACAACAGUGCAUACGAUGAGAAGAGCAGGUGGUUUAUAUGGUCAUAUAUCAUAUAAACUUUGAUUGUGUGAAAGCGGCUUUAGUUUGACAUCACCUCCCAGAUGGCAAAAAGGCCCUUUGAACAUGCUGCUGCAAAACCCAUUAAUUUUUGUCAGUGUUGGUGCCAAUCUAGCCUUAAAGUUUUCUUCUGGCGCUAUUCUUAUGUUAAUGCACCUGUUAGCAGACACUAAUUUUGAUAGGCUCCUAGUGUAUACCAGAGAACAAGGCAAGUGUUGCACACAAAUUCAUGGAGACCGACGUAAGUUGAUGCUCAUUAUCCACUGCACCAAUCCUCAAUUGGAGGUUGCCAUAUCUGAUGCAUAUAAAACCAAAUCUACUUUCAAGGAUGUAGACAUGUUUCUGUUCAAAAUAAAUACUCUUCAAAAACAGCAGAAAGUUGAAAAAUCUUCUGGUGGCAAUUGCUUUAAAUAUUGAUGUUUCAUCAGUAUCAUUGUGAAGAGUCUGGUACUUGGUUUCAAAACCAUAAAUACAGGGCAAUCAAAGCCAUCCUUAUUAAUUUGGUACCACUUUAUCUUCUUUGAUAUGAUUGCUGGUGGAAUUGAGCAUUGCAAAUCCGCAACAACAUUGGCCACACUCAAAGGCCUCUUUAUAAAACUCCAAGACUAGAAGUACUUGGCAGCGAUGUAUUUCUAGAAGCGGGUGAUCGGGGUGACUGCCCACAUAUCAUUCACUAUGCAAAAACAUGAUUUAUUUGGUAAAAACAUUGUGCAAUUUUUGUCAACAUAGUAUGCAAAACAACAAUGUAAUAUGUUUAUUUUAGCAAUAUAUUUCGAAGUAUUACUUCAUCAUCAGGCUAUAAGUAAACUAUAUAUAAAAGUAUAUAAACAUCAUCUGAAGAUCUGUUCCUAUAUACCUAAGAAAAAGUUAAAAGUUAGUAAGAACAUGCUGCUGAUUGACGAAGGAUACCUUCAAGUUAGCAAGUCAGACAAUUCAUUUAACAUUGCUUAUCAUCAUCAUCAUCAUCAUUCUCGGCUUAACGUCCGUUUUCCAUGCUAGCAUGGGUUGGACGGGGUAUAUUAAUGACCCUCUUCCAAUCUGAUCUAGACUGUGUUAGAUCUAAACUCAACUUCCUGUGUAUCAAGUCUGUCCUUAUAACCUCCUGCCAAGUCUUUCUCGGUCUGCCUCUGGGCUUUGCCCCAGGAACUAUCAAGUCUCCACACUUUAUUACCCAAUUAUCCUCCUCCAUUCUUUCCAAGUGCCCCAGACUGGUGUUACACAUCCACCUAAAUGCUACUAAUCAUGACUUUAGACUUUGCUGUGUUUACCUUUAGCCCUUUCUCUUCUAGUCCUUUCUUCCACUUCUCAAACUUUUCAACUAAUUCUUCCUUUGACUCUGCUAUAAGAACCAAAUCAUCUGCAUACAAUAACUCCCAUGGACAACCUGUUCUGAACUCCAUCGACAGCGCUUCUAAGACUAGAAUAAACAACAAGGGACUAAGUACAGAACCCUGAUGUACACCAACAUUUACACUAAAUUCAUCACUAAGUUAAUCGUUAAUCCUGACACAACUUCUAGCAUUGCCGUGCAUAGACUGUACCAUCGUAACUAGCCACUCAUCCACACCUAAUUUUCUCAUAGCCCACCAAAUAACUUUACAUGGCACUCUAUCAAAAGCUUUCUCUAAAUCUGCAAAGGCAAAAUAGAGAUUCUUUCUCUUUCCUAAAUACUUUUCCCGAAGCUGUCUGAGUAAAAAUAUUGCAUCUGUAGUGCCACGCCCUGGAACAAAACCAAAUUGCAUCUUAUCUAUAUCAAUUCUUUCUCUAAGUAACUUAUCAAUCACUCUUUCAAUAACUUUCAUUACUUGAUCAACCAACUUCAAACCUCUAUACAGUACAGUCCAGAUGUAAGCGUACGCAUACGCUCAAGUUUCACACCUUUCUUGGAGGCGGUAGUUGUUUGUCUUUUGUUCUUAUUAAUUAUCUUGCGAGUCUUGUAAGUCAUUAACUUGUGCGUAAUAAACAAAAGAUUAUUGAAGAAAAAAUAGCUUAUUAUAACUGCGUGUAACUAUUGUUAUAUAGUGUUAACAUAACUAUUCCCAAUAGCAUAAUUGCAAAUGUUAUCAACUCUAUCAAUGUGACACGAAGAGCCAUUGUUUAAUAUUUUUAUUAAACAAAAGUUUUGCGUGGAAACUAAAUAAACUAGCGAGAAGGCAUUGUUGGUUGCGCGGGUUAUAUAAAGCGUUUAGGCAAUAGAAAUUAUUAUAUUUUAACAAAGAUUGAAACUUUAAUUUUGAUAGAAAUGUUUUUUUAGAUCGCAUUUUAAAAGUUUAAAAUCGAAAAGCGGCGAUAGAGAUGUUUUUUAAGAUCGCAUUUUAAAAGUUUAAAAACGAAAAACGGCGAUAAAAAUGUUUUUUUUUGAUUGCAUUUUAAAAGUUUAAAAACGAAAAGCGGCGAUAAAAAUGUUUUUUUAGAUCGCAUUUUAAAAGUUUAAAAACAAGAAAUGGUGAUAGAAAUGUUUUUUUAGAUCGCAUUUUAAAAGUUUAAAAUUGAAAAGCGGCGAUAGAAAUGUUUUUUUAGAUCGCAUUUUAAAAGUUUAAAAACGAAAACCGGCGAUAGAAAUGUUUCUUUAGAUCGCAUUUUAAAAGUUUAAAAUCGAAAAGCGGCGAUAGAAAUGUUUUUUUAGAUCGCAUUUUAAAAGUUUAAAAACGAGAAACGGCGAUAGAAAUGUUUUUUAGAUCGCAUUUUAAAAGUUUAAUAUCGAAAAGUGGCGAUAGAAAUGUUUUUUUAGAUCGCAUUUUAAAAGUUUAAAAACGAAAAACGGCGAUAGAAAUGUUUUGUAGAUCGCAUUUCAAAAGUUAUAUUUUUAGAUUUUUUCUUUCUUCAGUAUUAAAAUUUAAUUUGUUUUCGAAAUCUUAUUGCGAAGGAAAAGUCCCGAACGUAGGGUUUUUCCGUUUGCGUUGCUAAACGUUGCUUUUUAUAAAAAGAACUUUUAAAAGUUUCGCAUGUUAAAAAAUGUUUCGACGAUAAAGAAAUAUUACUAAAAGUUUUAAAAGUAGCAUUAGUUUUUUUUAAAAUAUUUAGAUCAUUGGAUUUGUUGUUUUUUAAAAGAGCUUGUGUUUUUUAAAUAAAUCGAGAUUAAAAUAGCGUUACCCUAAAUAAGUUUAUAUAAAAUUCAAUGGCCUUCGCGUUUAAUUUAUUCUUGCGCAGAGUAUUUUUAUAAACAAUGUUUCUUGCUAUGCUUUGUUUUUAACACGAAGCAAUUAUUUUCGCGCAAUUUGAAAGGAACUUGUUAUCCUAUUGUUUUUUUUUAAUGAAAGCAAUUAUUUUUGCAAGUUGAGCGUACGCGUACGCUUACAUCUGGACUGUACUGUAGUUACCCCUUUCUAAUGCAUCACCCUUGCCCUUGAAACAAUUCACUAUUACACUCCACUGCCACUCACUCGGAAUAGCACCAUCCUUUAUAAUCUGGUUAGCAAGACUUGUAAUAAGCUCAACUCCAAUAUAUCCAGAUGCUUUUACCAUCUCUGCAACAAUACCUGAUACUCCUGCAGCCUUGCCAAUCUUCAAUUUCCUAAUAGCCUCCACUACCCAUUAUGUCUUGAUCUGCAUAGCUGGCCCUUCUACAACAUCAUCAUCAGACAAAUUAUCCUCGUCCCAAUCAAACUCAGUGUUAAGCAACCUCUGAUAAUGAUUCUUCCAAGCUACGCUUUUCUCCUCCUCUGUGCUAGCCAAAACACCUUCAUCAUUACGUAUACACUUCUCACCUACAACAUCUUGAUUAGUCUUCUUCAUUUGCUUUGCUAUCUUGAAUAACUCAUUAUUCUACCUCAUUAUUCUACCACCAGGUCUGUCUAUGUCUAGCUGGUCCUUUCGUCCACCCACAGGUAUCAUCAGAAGCUUCUAGAAGACAAUUCUUCAAAGUAGUCCGAGUACUUUCAACAUUGUCACUAUCACAUUGACCAUUGUGGGCUAACUGCUGAACUUUUGCACUAAAUUGUCUUGCUACAAUCUCUUCCUUCAGCUCCCAGACUUUUCGACGGGGCCUGAACUUUCCCUUGGCUUCUUUAACACUCUUCAAGAUAAUAUCACAAACCAGCAACCUAUGCUGGGAAACACACUCUUCCCCCGAUAUAACUUUCACGUCCUUCACCACUUUCUUGUCUGACUUUCUAACCAGGAAGUAAUCUAUCUGUGUCUUACAACCACCUGACUCAUCAGCCUACUCUGUCUCUUACUGAAUGAUGUGUUGCAAACCACCAUGUCCGUUGCCAUUCCAAACUCAAGCAAUCUCUCCCCUUCCUUAUUUCUGCUCCCAAAUCCAUAGCCUCCAUGCACACCUCUAUAACCUUCAGAUGACUUCCCAACAUGACCAUUAAAGUCGCCGCCCACCAUGACAAGUUCAGUGUCUCCUAACUUUGAUGUGACUGCUAUUAACCCAUCAUAAAACUUAUCUUUAUCUUUCUCACUGAGUCCACACUGUGGAGCAUAAACUGACAGAAAAGUGACAAUCCUAUUACCUAUCAAAAACUUUAUCACUAUAAUACGACUAUUAACACGCAUAACAUCUAUUACUUUUUCUACCCACUUCUCUGCAACGAAUAUGCCAACUGCUCCAUAUCCAUCACUAUUACCAAUCCAAAAAAGCUUAUACCUUGCCCUCCUACCUUCCACAAAUCUCACGGAAGCUCCUCUCCAUCUGACUUCCUGAACACAACACAUAUCAACAGAUCUAUGUUCUAACAUUUCAACUACUUCACCUGCUUUACCUCUCAGAGUACCAACAUUUACACUAGCCAUCCUCAACCUAGUGUUAUCUACCUUGUGAUGUGAUAGCUGGGUAACGGUCUGACGGUGCUCACACCUGACAUCUGUCCUACCGUGCGCGACACCUUCACUUCUUAGAGUUCCAGCCCCGUUUACCCAGUUUGUCUGAUCAACUAUUCUUACGGCCAUUAAUAAAGAGUUUUGGCAUAGUUUUACAGCUGGAUGCCCUUUCUAUCGCUAACCGUUCACAGACCGGAUUGGGUGUUUUUUAAAGUGACACCAUUACUAUGUGGCAUUUCAUGGGACUUCCACAAUCGCCCCUUUAAACUAAGGUAUGGUGGAGGACGUUUAACUCCUCUCUUGUCUCUUAAGGAGACCCUUCACCCAUGCCUUGCUUAGUGGCAAGUAAAAUUUAUUCUUCUUUUUUUUAAUUCUUGUCAACCUUUGUUCCAGGCUUCAUUUCAGUGUUAUGACUUGACAUAUUUUCCAUUACAAUAAAUACGGUUUGAUUGCCAACAUGGUUUAUAUAUCCGUCCAAAUAAAUAUAUUACAAGAAUGCAAUAUGGCAGUCGGUACAGUGACUUGAAUUACAUAUAAUGAAGGGGAAGGCACACUGCACUAUGGAGUAGGUCUUGUCACUUCUAAGGGAUCGUCUCAAAAUGUUCGUACGUUUUUUUCGUAUAAUUAUACGAACGCUACGAAGUACUUCGUUUCGUGAAACGAAUGUCAUACGAAGUGCUUCGUUUAAAAUAAAAAAUAUAAACGAAGUUUAUACGAACUUUUUUAAUACAUGAUACGAACUUAAACGAAGUUUUUUUAUCAUACAAAAUAAAAUGAUACGAACUUUGAACGAAGUAAAUUGCUAUACGAUCUUGAAACGAACUUCAAAAGUACCGGCGUAAUAGCGCGUAAUUAUUUCAAUACAAAAUCAGAAACAAAAGAAUUAAACGAAGUUUUUUUGACAUAGGAAAAGAAAUGAUACGAACUUUAAACGAAGUAAAUUGCUAUACGAACUUAAAACGAACUUCAAAAGUACCGGCGUAAUUGCGCAUAAUUAUUUCAAUACGAAACCAGAAAUAAAAGAAGUAAAAUAUACGAUUUAUUUUAAUAGUUUCAACCAAACUUAAAUUUAAUAUCAAGCAUUUGUAUUUCCUUUUUAAAAUAUCGAAUUUAAUUAAAUUAAACAGUUUUUUUUAAAACUAGCUACUUUCAUAGCAUGUCUAAAAAUUACGACAGUGAUAUCGAUUGGAUAUAUGACACAGCCAGUUCCGACGACGAGACUGAUUUGUUGCAAAAUAAAAAUAAAAGACGAGGAAGACCAAGCAUACACGAGAAAUAUCCGGAAAUAAUUACUUGUGUCAAGACGUUGAUAGAACAGGGUUCUGCUGAAGCUCACUUACGUCGGAGAGACAGUGUUAUGUACACAAAUGGGCUUUCUUUGAAUGAUAUCGUUAUGCACGUCAAAAAAACCUUGGGUAUAACUGUUAGUCGCCACACCAUUCACAGAUUAAUGCUUCCACCCCGAAAAAAAAACACAGCGAGUAAAAACUACAAAUGUCUGAUAGACGCACGUGUUCCUCCAAAAAGAAAUACAAAAGAAAAAAAAACACACGACGACUUUCAUUUCACUUGCGGUCAAGUUCGCAUAGUUAACGAAAUGGGAUAUCUUUGCAAAGAAAACACACUUAUGCUGUCCGUAGACAAUAAAAAUAAAGUUGAUGUGGGUAUUCCAGCGAACAGCAGACGAACGAAAAUACGCACUUUUCAUUUGGUUAACGAAGCACCAAAUUAUAAUGAUCACGAUUUUCCAAAUCCAAACUCAAAGCUUGUGCCUGCUGGCUACCAAAUACUAAAGGACCGAAUACAGCGGAGUCGUUCUCUUUCUCCUGCAAAGAAAAUUACUUUUCGACGCAAGCGAUCUUUAUCCGAAGGAUCAAACAUUGACAACCAACUCAAACGAUUUGUAAGAAAAAUUUGUAUAUAUUUUAACCACUGUUUGUAUAUAUUUUAGCAUAUUUUAGCACAGUUUGUAUAUAUAUUUUUAUUGCAAAAAAAGCAAAAAAACAAUAAAAAAAAUAGCAACUGAAAUUAUUUUUACCUAUUCACCAAUAAAAUUGUGCCGUGACAAGAUAAACAAACAUAAAAAAACAUGCAUGCAACCUGAAAGCAUAUAAUCAGCCUUAUUAUUUGCAACGCGUAACGAAGCCAAAGUUGUUAUUAUUAAAAGGAUAAAAAGUUUACACUUCAUACAAAAUUUAAAAUCUAUAUUUAAAGUUGGAGCCUGGUUUAUUCUUAUGAUAUUCUUAACUUUUGACCCGUUUUGCAUCCUCGAUAUUCCUACAGAAAAUUCUUGUAGAAAAACGUGAAAUAAUACGCAAUGAUAGGGCGAGCAAUAUUAUUUAAACUUAUUUUAUCUAAUUCAAGUGGAAGCAAUAUUUUAAAACAUAUUAUUUAAUUCUAACUAAAUAAAGUUUUUUUUUUUUCGAAAUAAGAUGCAGUAAAGAUAGCGCAAUAAACUUAGUAAACAAAACAAAGUUUUUUUUGAAAGUUUUUUUUAUGAUAUAAGACGCGUAAUAACGUGAAUAAUAUUUGUUAAACGAAUUUCGUUAAUGAAACGAAUUUUGUCAUUGUUAAAAAAUAUUUAAAUAAUAAAGACCUUAGAUAAUAAGUCCAAUUAAAAUAAACGAAGUUCGUAUAACGAAACGAACUUUAUAAUUGUUGAAAAAAAUUAAAUAUAAAGACUAUAGAUAAUAGUCCAAUUACAAUAAACGAACUUCCUAUAAGCAAAUUUUUAUACGAACUUCUUUAAAAAUGAUACGAACUACAUACGAACUUUAUUUUAAAUGAUACGAACUUUAUACGAACUUUUAAUUUUGAUGAUACGAAAAAGUUCGUAUUAAAAAUAAAAUGAUACGAAAGAUUUAAUAAAUCGAUACGAAGUUUUUUAUACGAAUUAUACGAACUACGUACGAACAUUUUGAGACGGUCCCUAACUUAGGGCAAUUAUGAAAUGGUUCUCAGUUAUUUAUCGGUUUAAAGCUAAUAGUUACCAUUGUUACCGUAUCGUUUCCGCAAAUUGAACUUUGCAGAAACGAAAAACAUUUUGAUCUUUUCCGUCAACUUCAAAUCACGGUAACAAUGGAUCGUUUCCCUAGACUCCACAAAUUUACAGGCCUGCAGACAUUUUUUAAGUUUGUUAAAAAAUUUUGACCAACCAUUUUAAAAACGGUCUGACAUGUCCGAAGUCCAGACGUUGUUUCCAUCACUGUUAACUAGGCUAAACAGAUCCUUUUCUACCCGUAAAGUGAGAGAUUCCUAAAGGUUCACACAUUCAGACCCUAAACUGGUGCUUAGUUUUGCUAUAAUUAGUGGCAUUUUAACCACUAUUCUCGGUGAUAAACUAAGUCGGAUUAGGAAUUCUGUCCUUGAAUCAAAAUAAUGAAAGGAGUUCUUACUGUACCAUAAAAAAUCACUAGUAUCUUAUAAUAAGGAAUCACAAAAUAUUUUAUGUAAAUGUUUUCUAAUAUCAAUAAGUUUACACGAAAAGUCUACUGUGUCUUUUAUUUUUAAAAUUAUGUAAAAUGUAAUAUAUUAUUAUUAUUAUUAUUAUUAUUAUUAUUAUUAUUAUUAUUAUUAUUAUUAUUAUUAUUAUUAUUAUUAUUAUUAUUAUUAUUAUUAUUAUUAUUAUUAUUAUUAUUAUUAUUAUUAUUAUUAUUAUUAAGCUUUAUUUGCUUUGUUGUUUAAGCAGCUCUAACUGUUUUCCAAAUCGUUUACUACUUAUUGAUUAUAUAUACUAGAUAUACACUCUAAAUUUGCAAAUGUAUUAAGCACAUUUAUAUUGGGUAGCCAAAUAUUAAUAACAGUACAUAAACUAGAUAUCUGUAG